AUGCGAAAGGGCACGAGGGAGCGCCGCGGCUUUCAGUGGUCGCUCCCCGUCGCAUCCGCAACCCCCGCCGCGUCCGCUCCGCGCGCCUCCGCGCCCCCGCAUUCCGCCUUCCCCACGCCCCCCCGGCGCUCGUUCCUCAGCGCGCUUGUAUGGGGGAGUGGCGGAGGUCGGGCGGCGGGAUCAGGGGGAGGCGCAACUGCGCGCAUUGGAGGGUUCUCUGAUUCGUUCCGCAUAACGCCUUCCCACUUCUCCUAUUCCCGCAUGCCCUCCCCCGCCACUCCCCCCUCGCUCUCCUCCUCCUCCGCCUCCUGCUGCUCUCUCCUCACCAUUCUCCCAUGCACGUGCCUGUGUCUAGGCUUCGUUAUAGCGGCAUUCCUCCUGUUAGGGUCACGCCUAGUCGUGGUACAUCAGCCGCACACGUGGCAGCACCCCCAAUACGCACCAAUCGGAGCUGGACACGUGGAGGCGGGGAGGCUGGUGGGGGGGAGGGAUGGAUUGGCGGAAGUUCCGCCAUCGAUGCUGCUGGUUGCGGGAAGAGGGAUGGAAGCGGGGUUUCGCGGGAAGGGCGCACGAAGAAGGGACGGGGAACAGGGGGGUGUGGCGGAGCAGGGUAGCGGAAGAUGGGGGAAAGGGGGCAUUGAGGCAAGGCUUGGGGAGUGGGGCGGAGGGGAGGGGGAAGGUGAGCGAGGGGAGAUGCAGGGAGUGGGUGGGGUAGGGGCGGGAACGGGGAGUGGGGCGAGGCGAUGGGGGGAGAUGGAGAGACGAAGCAGAAGGGGAGGCGUGAAGGUGAAGGGGAAUCGGGGCCGGAGGGGAUCGAGACGGCAAGAGGCGGUGGAAGAGGAAGAGGAGGAAGAGGAGGAGGAGACGGAGGAUAAGGAGGGAAUUUCAGGGGAGGAAGAGGAGGAGAGCGAGAGAGGAGAAGUGAGGAGGAAGGGUGAGGAGGGGAGUGUGUGGGAUGAGAUUAUGAGCAAACUGGAAGAGGGGAAGGGCAAGGGUGGCCGGGGAAGGGAGAAACGAGUCAGGCGAAAACGCAGAGGAGCGGACAGAGGUGGUUUGAGUGGCAUGGGUAAGGUGGGUGGGACAAGAGAAGCAGGUUUGGAUGAUAUCGCGGAGGAGAUAGGAACGGGGCGUGGCGGUGGGGAGGAUUUGGGAGUGAGGGAUGGGGGAGAGGGAAGUGGGGGGGCUGGGGGUGGCGAUGGGCUGGGCGAAGGAACAGGAGCAGCUGAUGGGGAAGCCACAGCUGACAGUGUAGAGAGCGGUGCUGCAGGCAGAGGGAGCGGUGAAAAUGGGUUGAAAGGCAGCAAGGGUGGGUUAAAAGGUGGUGAGGGUGGGGUAGAAAGGGGGGAGAGGUCCGGUGCAGGGGGCGAGGAGCAGCACGAGAUAGACGAGCUGCUGAAAGGCCUGGAGCAGCACCUGGGGGGCGCUGGGCGCAGGGGAGGCGGCGAGGGCGGGGAGGGUGGGGAGGGUGGGGAGCGGGUGGGUGGCAGUGAUGUGAAUGCGGGCGAUGGGGGCCAGGCAGAGGAGGCGGAGCAGGGAGAAAGAAGCGAGGGGGCGGGUGGCGGAGCAGCGCAGGGGUCUGAUGGGGAGGCGGACAGGGAGCAGAGCAAGGGCGGCACGGAGGAGAGCAGCAGCAGCGGCGAUGGCGGCGGUGGGAGAAGCAGCAGCAGUGAUGGUGGAGAGGGUGGUGUUGAUGGUGGAGAGGGUGGUGUUGAUGGUGGAGAGGGUGGUGUUGAUGGUGGAGAGGGUGGUGUUGAUGGUGGAGAGGGUGGUGUUGAUGGUGUGAGUGGCAUCAGGGCAGCUGGGCUGGACGGUGCAGUGGAUGCUGGUGGGGACGGGCGGAGAAGUGAGAGCGGUGCUGCCAGUGAGGGCCUGGAGGGUGCGGGGCUGGGGAAGGUAGGGGCAGGAGGAGAGGGAGCAAGAGGAGCAGAAGGGUCAAGUGGGGAAGAUGUUAAUGAGGGGACUGGACAAAGGAACAAGGACGGCUCUGAAGAGGAAGAAGGGAAGGAGGGAUCUAGUAGUGGUGAGGGUGGCGGUGCUUCAUUAAGUGAUUCCGCCAAGAGUGAUGCUGGUGAGAGCGUUAGUAGUGAAGGUGAAAAAACUGCUGGUGGGAACAGUCAGAGCGACGCCAGAUUGAGUGUGAGGGAUGAUCAGCCGGAGGAAGGUGGUUCAGAUGAAGGCAUGAGAGAGGUGUCAGAGGCAACAGGCAGUGACAGCAGGGAGGUGGUGGGAGGAGAUGUGCCAAGCAGGGUUGGCAGUGAGGAUGGGCCUGGUGAGCUGGGAGGAGAGAUUGGGGAGGGAAAGGAGGGGAAAGAGGGCACACGUGGUGAUGACGUGCAAGUGGCGCAAGAGGUUGGGGUGAUGAAUGGGAAUGGGGAUGGUGCGGGGAGUGAUGGAGAGGGCACUGGCAGGGGGGAGGGCAGUGGAGUGAGUGACGAGGCAGUGCAAGCGGUCCUGAAGGACGCCCAUGUGGACCUCGCAGCUGCAAGGCAGAGAGGGAAGGGCGUGGUGGCGGCUGUGGAUGGCGCGGUGGGGAAACUAAGAGAAACGCUUAGAGCCAUGCCGGAGGGCGAGCAGGUGACAGCAGACUUGGCUCUGCCAUACGUGCAGGCACUGGUGGGGGCGGAGGGCGUGACAGCAGAUGCGGCUCUGCCGUACGUGCAGGCGCUGGUGGGGGCGGAGGGAGUGAGGAGCCUCGCCUUCACCUUCCACCGCCCCUCGCACAUGCACGUCAUCGGCAGCUUCGCCCACCACUCCGCCUCCCACCCUGCAUCGCAUGCGCAUGGGGGCGGUGAUGGGGGUGAUGGGGGUGAUGGGGGUGAGGGCGGAGAGGGCGGGGCAGCGGGUGUGGGGAGUGUGACGAGGCCGUGCACGCAUGUGGACGUCGCUGUUGAGAUGCCUCAGGUGCUCUGGUGUUUGGGGUGCGUGAGUGGCAAGUACGUGCUGAACCGCCACUACUUUCCCCGUCAUGUCACAUGCACGCAUGCACUGUGCUGCGUCACCUCACACACUCCUCAGUCAUCGUCACCCCAUCCCCCCUUCUGUAGCACAAAGCUGCGUCCUCCCACACACUCCUCUCAAUCUCCCAUCCGCCCACCCCUCUCUUGUCUGCAGGCGUGUUUCCGGGAAAAGGACGUGCUGAACCACCGCUACUUCGCCAGGCGGGCGCUGUACCUCGCCACGCUGGCGCGCCACCUGGCGGCGUGUGAUUGGGUGGCGGCGGUGGAGUGGAGCACUCUGAGGGAUGACGUGUGCAAGCCCAUCCUCCUUGUCAUCCCCCGUGAGGGCGUGCAAGAGCUGGCCGCUGCGUCUGCUGCCCUGCUUGUCCCCCGUCACCUUCCCCGCGCGCAAGCUCGCCCCCGCACGCAACAACGUGCGCCAUGCAGCCUCCUCAGGCGAGCUCCUAGCAACCCCGCAGUGCAAGAUGGGCGUGCUGGGGGAUGGCGCUCACGCGGCCGGCCCCAACCCCAUGCGCCCCUUCCCAUGCGCCCCUUCCCAUGCGCCCCUUCCCAUGCGCCCCUUCCCAUGCGCCCCUUCCCAUGCGCCCCUUCCCAUGCGCCCCUUCCCAUGCGCCCCUUCCCAUGCGCCCCUUCCCUCCUGCCCCGCCACACAUUGAAUGACAGGAGGCGAGCUACUGGCAACACCGCAGUGCAAGAUGGGCGUGCUGGGGGAUGGCGCUCACACGACCGCCCAUGGUCUCGUUUCGCAUGCCAUGGUGCUCGUGCCCGCCCUGCCCCAUGCUCUCGUGCUGCUCAAGCACAUGCCACGCUGGUGUGCAUGCAUACCCCUCUCCUGUGCAUACCCCUCUCCUCUGCUCACAUGGAAUGGCAUGGCCGCACAUCACCCCGUGUUGCAUGCCAUGGGGCUCGUGCGUGCCCUGCCUCAUGCACUCGUGCUGCUCUACGCGACGAGACUGACUCCUGUCAUGCCAGCAUAACAGCGUUUGUCUCCUCACAUUCCCUCCCUCCCUGCUCUCAUUCUGUCCAUCCCCCGGCCACCUGUCAUGUCACGUCUCGCAUGCCCAUCACCCCUCAGGUCUGGGCUCGCCAGCGGUACAGCACCAAGCGCCACGUGGCGCCUGCUGAUUGGCUGAACGGCUUCCAGCUGUCCCUGUUGGCAGCACACCUGGCGUCGCCCCACAACCCCCACCGCCGCGUCAUGCCCGCCAUGUCAGCAUUCCAGAUCUUCCGAUGUGCCAUCGAUGCCAUGGGCAACUCGGAUCUCCUCCAGCAGCCUCUCUUCCUCGUCGCCCCUGAUGGCUCUCCCAACGUGCUCCAGGCCAACGCUCAGGGACAUGCAGAGGGCGUUCGACUGGCUGUUCUGCGACCCCUCAGGGACCGUCAACUUCGCCUCCAGAAUUUCCAAGUCCGCCCUCCACCAGGUGCGCCCUUCCCCCACCAGGUGCGCCCUUCCUCCACCAGGUGCGCCCUUCCCCCACCAGGUGCGCCCUUCCUCCACCAGGUGCGCCCUUCCUCCACCAGGUGCGCCCUUCCUCCACCAGGUGCGCCCUUCCUCCACCAGGUGCGCCCUUCCUCCACCAGGUGCGCCCUUCCUCCACCAGGUGCGCCCUUCCUCCACCAGGUGCGCCCUUCCUCCACCAGGUGCGCCCUUCCUCCACCAGGUGCGCCCUUCCUCCACCAGGUGCGCCCUUCCUCCACCAGGUGCGCCCUUCCUCCACCAGGUGCGCCCUUCCUCCACCAGGUGCGCCCUUCCCCCACCAGGUGCGCCCUUCCUCCACCAGGUGCGCCCUUCCUCCACCAGGUGCGCCCUUCCUCCACCAGGUGCGCCCUUCCUCCACCAGGUGCGCCCUUCCUCCACCAGGUGCGCCCUUCCUCCACCAGGUGCGCCCUUCCCCCACCAGGUGCGCCCUUCCUCCACCAGGUGCGCCCUUCCUCCACCAGGUGCGCCCUUCCUCCACCAGGUGCGCCCUUCCCCCACCAGGUGCGCCCUUCCUCCACCAGGUGCGCCCUUCCUCCACCAGGUGCGCCCUUCCCCCACCAGGUGCGCCCUUCCUCCACCAGGUGCGCCCUUCCCCCACCAGGUGCGCCCUUCCUCCACCAGGUGCGCCCUUCCUCCACCAGGUGCGCCCUUCCUCCACCAGGUGCGCCCUUCCUCCACCAGGUGCGCCCUUCCUCCACCAGGUGCGCCCUUCCUCCACCAGGUGCGCCCUUCCUCCACCAGGUGCGCCCUUCCUCCACCAGGUGCGCCCUUCCUCCACCAGGUGCGCCCUUCCUCCACCAGGUGCGCCCUUCCUCCACCAGGUGCGCCCUUCCUCCACCAGGUGCGCCCUUCCUCCACCAGGUGCGCCCUUCCUCCACCAGGUGCGCCCUUCCUCCACCAGGUGCGCCCUUCCCCCACCAGGUGCGCCCUUCCUCCACCAGGUGCGCCCUUCCUCCACCAGGUGCGCCCUUCCUCCACCAGGUGCGCCCUUCCCCCACCAGGUGCGCCCUUCCUCCACCAGGUGCGCCCUUCCUCCACCAGGUGCGCCCUUCCCCCACCAGGUGCGCCCUUCCUCCACCAGGUGCGCCCUUCCCCCACCAGGUGCGCCCUUCCUCCACCAGGUGCGCCCUUCCUCCACCAGGUGCGCCCUUCCUCCACCAGGUGCGCCCUUCCUCCACCAGGUGCGCCCUUCCUCCACCAGGUGCGCCCUUCCUCCACCAGGUGCGCCCUUCCUCCACCAGGUGCGCCCUUCCCCCACCAGGUGCGCCCUUCCUCCACCAGGUGCGCCCUUCCUCCACCAGGUGCGCCCUUCCUCCACCAGGUGCGCCCUUCCCCCACCAGGUGCGCCCUUCCUCCACCAGGUGCGCCCUUCCCCACCAGGUGCGCCCUUCCUCCACCAGGUGCGCCCUUCCUCCACCAGGUGCGCCCUUCCUCCACCAGGUGCGCCCUUCCUCCACCAGGUGCGCCCUUCCUCCACCAGGUGCGCCCUUCCUCCACCAGGUGCGCCCUUCCUCCACCAGGUGCGCCCUUCCUCCACCAGGUGCGCCCUUCCUCCACCAGGUGCGCCCUUCCUCCACCAGGUGCGCCCUUCCUCCACCAGGUGCGCCCUUCCUCCACCAGGUGCGCCCUUCCUCCACCAGGUGCGCCCUUCCUCCACCAGGUGCGCCCUUCCUCCACCAGGUGCGCCCUUCCUCCACCAGGUGCGCCCUUCCUCCACCAGGUGCGCCCUUCCUCCACCAGGUGCGCCCUUCCUCCACCAGGUGCGCCCUUCCUCCACCAGGUGCGCCCUUCCUCCACCAGGUGCGCCCUUCCCCCACCAGGUGCGCCCUUCCUCCACCAGGUGCGCCCUUCCUCCACCAGGUGCGCCCUUCCUCCACCAGGUGCGCCCUUCCCCCACCAGGUGCGCCCUUCCUCCACCAGGUGCGCCCUUCCUCCACCAGGUGCGCCCUUCCCCCACCAGGUGCGCCCUUCCUCCACCAGGUGCGCCCUUCCCCACCAGGUGCGCCCUUCCUCCACCAGGUGCGCCCUUCCUCCACCAGGUGCGCCCUUCCUCCACCAGGUGCGCCCUUCCUCCACCAGGUGCGCCCUUCCUCCACCAGGUGCGCCCUUCCUCCACCAGGUGCGCCCUUCCUCCACCAGGUGCGCCCUUCCUCCACCAGGUGCGCCCUUCCUCCACCAGGUGCGCCCUUCCUCCACCAGGUGCGCCCUUCCUCCACCAGGUGCGCCCUUCCUCCACCAGGUGCGCCCUUCCUCCACCAGGUGCGCCCUUCCUCCACCAGGUGCGCCCUUCCUCCACCAGGUGCGCCCUUCCUCCACCAGGUGCGCCCUUCCUCCACCAGGUGCGCCCUUCCUCCACCAGGUGCGCCCUUCCUCCACCAGGUGCGCCCUUCCUCCACCAGGUGCGCCCUUCCUCCACCAGGUGCGCCCUUCCUCCACCAGGUGCGCCCUUCCCCACCAGGUGCGCCCUUCCUCCACCAGGUGCGCCCUUCCCCCACCAGGUGCGCCCUUCCUCCACCAGGUGCGCCCUUCCUCCACCAGGUGCGCCCUUCCUCCACCAGGUGCGCCCUUCCUCCACCAGGUGCGCCCUUCCUCCACCAGGUGCGCCCUUCCUCCACCAGGUGCGCCCUUCCUCCACCAGGUGCGCCCUUCCUCCACCAGGUGCGCCCUUCCUCCACCAGGUGCGCCCUUCCUCCACCAGGUGCGCCCUUCCUCCACCAGGUGCGCCCUUCCUCCACCAGGUGCGCCCUUCCUCCACCAGGUGCGCCCUUCCUCCACCAGGUGCGCCCUUCCUCCACCAGGUGCGCCCUUCCUCCACCAGGUGCGCCCUUCCUCCACCAGGUGCGCCCUUCCUCCACCAGGUGCGCCCUUCCUCCACCAGGUGCGCCCUUCCUCCACCAGGUGCGCCCUUCCUCCACCAGGUGCGCCCUUCCUCCACCAGGUGCGCCCUUCCUCCACCAGACUCCUCUGGACGCACAGUACACGUACAGUGCGUCUAAGAUUCGUCUGGACGCGCAGCACACGUACAGUGUGAUCAAGUCGGGGGGAGCACCCGUGGCAUGCCUGCCGGGGCAAGCAGUGCUGCUCGCCUUCAUGCAGCCAUGUGGCUUGCCCGACCGAUUUGAUUUGAUUGCCACUGUGCACGACACCCCGCCCGCCACACCCAAGGCAGCACUGCUGCUGGACGAGCCGCCCCUGCCCUACGUCUCACCUCACCCUUCCUCCCUUCCCUGCCUGCAUGACACCGCAUCCGCCACGCCCAAGGCAGCGCUGCUGCUGGACGAGCCGCCUCACCGGCGCAGGGAGGGGGCAGCAGGGGGCGUGGUGGAGAGGGGCAUGGGGGAGAGGGCCACGGCUGUGCGGGUGCACCCCAGGGAGGGCCUGCCAGCACUGGGUGGUGCGCCGGUGCUGAUCGGAGUGUCACUGGCGUCGCCUGACACGGCUCUGCGCCUCGUGGACAAGGGGCCCAGCGCGGACAACAAGGCGGAGGUGAGUGCCAUGCAGGCAGGGGUCGUUGGCUGGGCCUGCACCUGUUCCCCCUCCCACUUCCCCACUCAACCAUCCCCCUUUCCCCCUCCCCACUCGACCCUCCCCCUUUCCCCCUCCCCACUCAACCCUCCCCCCUCCCCUCUCCCCACUCCCCCCCCCCCCCCCCUCGUCUUCCAGGCGCUCAAGUUCCGCACCUUCUGGGGCCCCAAGGCGGAGCUGAGGCGCUGGAAGGAUGGCACCAUCACCGAGGCCGUUGGUGCGUGUGUGCUGUGCGGUGGAGAGGGCCUUCUUCCCUCUGUCUCCCCCCCUGCAGCAUCAGAAGCCACCCCCACGGAGCACCACCUCACCCCAGCACGACUCAUCAGAUUCCUCCUGCAACGCCACCUGGGGGUGGACAAGGCACGCUGGUGCUCUCCCGCUUGCAUCUCAUCUCCUUACCCUCCCUCUCCGCCACCCCACACCCCGCUUCCCUCCUGUUCCCCUACUGCAGCAUGGGAAGCUCCUCCCACGGAGCGCCAUCUCAUCCCGUCACGCCUCAUCAGCUUUGCCCUGCAGCGCCACCUGGGGGUGGACGAGGGCGCCGUGCGGGUGGCAGCAGGGCAGCUGGACUUCGCCCUUCAGGUGUCAGGCAAGGCCACAAGGGGAGCAGCGGCAUUCCCCCCGUCGCCGUGCCCACCUUCCUCUGCAGGGGGGCCAGCAGGCACAGCAGGUGGGGAGGGCGUGUGGCAGCGAUGUGUGGACCCGGUGCCAGUGGCCGUGCAGGUGAGAACGAGUGAGGCGGGAAGGGAACGGCAGAAGGGUAGGAGGGCGUGCAGCGUUUCUGUGGGGACCGCUAUGACUGUGGAUGGACAGGGGAGGAGAGGGGGGUGGGAAGAGGGAAGGACAAGUCUCACUGCCCUUCAUCCCUUCCUUCUGCUCACCUAUUUCUUCAGCCAGUUGGCGCGUUCCGCAGUGAUCCGUAGGUCCGCUGAAGAAGCUUCCACUUCUGUUCCGCAUGUGACUAUCCACACUGCUUCCUCUGCCCUCCGCCCUCUGCCCUCCCACUCCGCCCUCCGCCCUCUCCCUCCGCCUUUCUCUCCUUCUUUCCUCCGCUCUCCCUCUGCCCUCCCCAUCCUUCCUACCCCUCCGCCCUCCCCUCCCCUCCCUCCCAUGCAGCUGGAGGCGUCAAGCAAGUGGCCCGAUGAUCCCGAGGCGCUGCGCCUCACACGCCACGCCUUCUGCCUGCAGAUCGCCAGCAGGUGGGGCCGCCUGGAAGGACUGGCAUGUGAUGGGGUUGCACCGGAGGCAGCAAGGGGUGCUGCCAAUGUGAUGCUCGGAGGCGUUGCCUUCCGCCAUUUCCCCGCCCACAUUCCAAUACCUCCCACACUCCGUUCCUUCCGUUCACCCUUCGCUGCGCAUGGCAGCCUGAGGGGAGCACACGGGGUGGAGGUGGAGGCAGGCAGCAUGGGGCGCCGUGGAUGUGAUGCUACAUGGCUUCGCCUUCCGCCCCUUACCACCCCAUCCUCCAUCCCUCAACCCCCUCGCACCUCCCGUUCAACCCUCUCACCCCAAUCUAGUCUGCAGGAGGCACACGGUGUGGCAGUGGAGGCAGCACGGGGCGCCGUGGAUGUGAUGGUUGAUGGCUUUGCCUUCCGCCUCGUGCUGCUGCAUGACUAUGCCGAGGACGUCACCUCCACGACCCCCUCGUCCUCCCUCACUCCCCUCACCACGCCCUCGCCCCUCGCCGCCCUCCCUGCAUCCCCCUCCGCCUUCUCCGAGACGCACCGCACGCUGCAGCACCACAGCACUCUCAGUGGUCUCACCGGCCGCCACCCCACGUUUGGCCCUAUUGCCAGGUAUGGUUGUGUUGCAUGUGAUGCUCAUGGUAGUGCUGCUGGUGGUCGUGGCGAUGGCACUGCAGCCUGCAGCACCACAGCACGCUCAACAGGCUCACCGGCCGCCACCCCAUCGCCAGGUGAUACCCUAGACAGAGGUGAUAGCAGUGAUGGUGAAGGUGGUGCUGAUACGAUAUGGCUCCAAGUAGCAGGUGCCAUGCCAUCUGUCCCAUCAGGUCGUCAUCACUUCCACUCCCUUCCCUGUCUUCCCUCUCGCUCUCCUCACUCCUAUCGCUCCAGGCUAGCCAAGCGGUGGGUGGCAGCGCAUCUCUUCAUCGCACGACAAGGAGCAAGCGGUGGAGCUGCUGCUGGCGCACACCCUCCCAAGCGGUGGCUGGCGGCCCAUCUCUGCUCAUCGCACCUCAACGGGGAAGCGGUGGAGCUGCUAGUUGCGCACUCCCUCGUUGCUCCCACUCACUUCCCUCUCCUGCCUCUCCUCCCUCUCCUCCGUCUCCCUCCCACUCACACCAGGCUAGCCAAGCGGUGGGUGGCAGCGCAUCUCUUCUCAUCGCACCUCAAGGAGGAGGCGGUGGAGCUGCUGGUGGCGCACACCCUCACCGCUCCCAACCCCCUGCUGCUGCCCGCCCCCAAGUCACGACUUGCUGGCCUCCUCAGGUUCUUCCGCCUCGUGGCGUCGUACGAUUGGCUGUCGCAGCCGCUCAUAGUGGACGUGAACAGUGCUUUCUCUCCUGAAAACGUGCAGCAGAUUCAGGCUCGUUUCGAUGAGCGCCUGCCACCCCACAAGGACACGCUGGGCAGCUCAGCACGCAGCGUGGCGAAGCGGCUCAAGCAGAGCGUGACGGAGGGGGGCAGGGAGGGCGAGGGGGAGAAGGAGCGGCGCCCCGCCAUGUGCAUCUCCACGCCGUACGAUCGCGACGGCGCCAUGUGGACGCAUCUCGGACCGUCCGUUGAGGCUCUGGAGCGUCUGUGUGCCUUUGCCGAAAGUGCAGCGCAAGUGCUGGCACAGCUGAUCACAGGGGAGGGGGAGGAAGGGGGAGGUGGGGAGGAGGGAGGAAGAAAGGGAGUGGGCAAGGGGAAGGAGAGAGGCAAUGAAAAGCACAGGGCGGUGCAGUGGAAGGUGGGUUUUUUGGGCCGCUCAGGCAGGAAGGAAAUUUGUCUUUCACCACUGCCUUGCCUUGCUGGAUCAGCUGUUUUCUUCUCCCACACCCCCUCUCAUUCCUCUCAUUCCUCUCAUUCCUCUCAUUUCUCUCAUUCCAACAUGGAACCCCGUCUCGCCUACCCUCCCCUCUCUCGAACCAUCUCCCACGUGCAAACUUCUCCUUCUUCCCUUGCCCCUCCCUCCCGGCUGCAGUCGCUCUUCCUCUCACCGCUCUCCACGACAUUCGACCUCGUCAUUCACCUGGACCCUGCGUCCCUCCCCCACCACCACCGCGUGCUCUUCCCGACCCCCAAGGCUCUGAGCACCGCCAAGGGUGAGCUCGCUUUCUACCAUCCCCCAUCUCUCAACUCUCCCACCACAGCAACAUUCCCCUUCCAAAGGCUGGUUGCAAGUACCCUCGUCCCUCUCUCCAACAGAUUCCACCUCCUACUCAUCCUCUCCCCCCUCAACCGCCCUCCCUCCUUCUCUCCAUCGCCUCGCCUCUGCCGGCCCUCCGCUGCUCAUUGGCUUCAAUCCGACGGCUCUGCUGCUCACACACCUGCAGGUGAGCCGUUGGAUUGA